AGUCCUCCCUCCCUCCACCGCCACCACCACCGCCCCUCAAACAAUCUCAGCAUCAACUCUGACGACUCUUUCGCUUUGUUUGAUAAAAGUUCUCAAACCGACUCCCUCGGGAAUGAGAGAGUGAAGGACAGCCACUGUUUGUGUGUGUUGCCUCCAUCUAUCCGGCAGACGCGUUCUCACUCCCUCAGCGCUGUGGACGAGUGGAUCUUUCUCCACCUGGACUGAAUCUAUCAGCUGUCAGAGCAGCUUCUGUUUCCUCCCCACGUCAUCUUCACAUCACUUGACACGUACAGUCAACCCCAGGUAUGUGUUCAGUCAGCCCCAGCCCUGUGGGUUAUCCUCCUCUGGCGGUGUUUACCCAUCUCCUUUGACCGUUGAAAGUUUAUUUAAAAUGUUUGUGUAUGUACAUUAUUUUCUGAGAGACCGCUGUUUGCGCUCGGUCAAUUUGGGACGCUGGGCGUCUGUUACAGUUAUAGCACCGAGGGGCUCAGUUGCGGAGAUAAAUUGGCCCCUGUCUUCGGUGACUACAACUUAUCCUUCCCUCUCUCUGUUUCCUAUCUCUAUGUGUAUCAGACUAAAGGCCAUAUAAUUAAACCAUUGAAAAUAUAUUUUUUCAUAAUUUGAAUAUUUAUUUAAGGCAUAUUUUCAGAGUGCCUGUAUGUGCAGGACGAAGAGAGAUUGUAAUAAAUCCUCAAGUUUGUAUUUAUUUUCUUAAUUUCUUAAUUUACUUGUUAACAUUACUUUAUUUCCAUUGUGGCACUCCUCACCACGUGGAAUAAAUGAAUCACUUGUGAUUAUGUCCUCCUCCUUAGCCUUAAAUCAUCUCUCUUAAUCAAAGUCCUCACGCCUCAGAGCUGAGGCACCAAACCUCCCCGACAGCUCCCCUCUGCAGCACAUUGGUGAACUGACCAAGUGACUGGCUCUCUUCAAAGAGACUUUAGAGAUCAGCUUCCAUUUGUCCCAAACUUUGUAUGACCUUAGCCGGACAAUAAUUGUUCUCUGCUUAACCUUUUGAUGAAAAAGGUUGUCCCAUGAGGGAAUUAGCAACUUGUCACAGAAGGUAAACGUGUGUUCAUCUUUUGUGUAAAGGUUGUCCUCUGUGUCUCUGUCUUUAAAAGCACAUAUCAAGAUAACAUUUACUCAACCUUGUGGCCUCGUGGUUUUAGUUUAAAUUGUGCAAACAAUUUUUUGAACGUUCGAUUCCUAGUUUGAUACCUUAAUACCUUGGUUCUUACUCUGCUUGUGAACUUUGAUGGAUGAGAAAUGAUCUGUUCCACAGAACUGAUCCCUGAGGUGACGUGGGACAUAGAAGGGAAAUCUUUCAUAUUAAGAUUCAGAGGAGAGCUACUACAGAGAAAAUAAGAGGUAGCAGGCAUUUUAUAAGGAUCUCGCUGUUGGUCUUCUCACUCUCUUCCUUUCCCUUUCUGUGAAAGAUGACACCUUUGUGUCUGGACACUGGCAAGGUCAAAUUUCAUUGGCUCUCAGCGUCAACCUGAAGUUUCAUGUGUGAACGUGCACGAAGGCACACACAUGUGCUGGCUGGUUGUGAAAGCUGCCACCUUUGUUCAUUGUCAAUGACAAUUUUAGCAGACAAUUAUGUCUCUUCACAUCCACAUAACUACAGGGGGGGAAGAUGGUGAUGUGGCAAACUCUCGGUUGGAACAAGGGUCGUUCUGAACGGAAAAGUACUGAGAGGAGCAGGAAUGUGUCAGGACAGGUAUUCCGUUAGGAAUGAGGAAACCAUGUAAAUUAUUUAGACAGGAAAGAAGGCAUGUCCAACGACAUUCUCUCACAGAGGUUAUCAAUCCUCCCCCUGGUUUCUCUCACAGAGCCAAACGUCACAUUCAACCUGUUGCGCACAGCCUCCAGAUGUCAUUAGGCCAUGUCAAACCUGCUGUAUAUCCUUGUACAGCAGAGGUUGAGGAAACCUGUCUUCUUCCAAAACCCCAGUGCCAUAAAGGUGACAUUUUGUUCACAAUGCAUGAUGUUAGAAGUUUACAGCAGCGAUUUCUGAUCGGAUGAGGAAGAUUAAGGACACAAUAGCUUUGCUAAUUAACGUGCGUUUGUUUGAGGCCCUACACUGUAUAUGUGGAGGCAAAGUAGGAAUGUCCAGAAUGAUGAAAUUAUUCACCCUUUUUUCACCCUAGUUUCCAACAGUCUAAAGGAACCUCAACAAACUUUCUUGACUGUCUUUGACACCAUGCUGUCUAUUGCUAACUGAGCAAGGCACAUUCAUUGCAUUACAUUGAUUAUUUUAAUGAUUAAAUCCAUGAUUAAGUAAACUGAUUAUAGGAUUAUACCACUACACCCUGACAGCACCAGUGCCAGUACAAUUUUUUUUGUUGUCAAUGCUUUUUGCUAUUUGUUCUUAUCAUCUUCAUAUAAUACGCUUGCAUGGAUGAACAUUAAAAGCUUACAGGGUCUAGAUGACUUUAUUUGUACAUGGGAUUUGUUUUUCAUCACCUUGUUUAUGGUCUGCUUGUUGAGAUCUUUCUCAGAAGGUUUAUUGUUCCUUUGGUUUUCACCGCAAAAACACCCCCUGAUAAUACAUCAUCACAGUGAAAUCAGAAGAACAUGUUUUCUAUGCUUUUAUAAAAAUGAUUGUCAGCCGACUUUACUGCCUUAAGAAAUAACUCAUUGUGAAAAUUAUCAAUGCUUUAAGGAAGUGGCACAGAUCUCAAAGUAAAAAUAAUCAUUCAGAUAUAUAUAGAAAAGUGGGUCCUACCCCCUUUGAGAGUUCCAGUUCUGAAUGUGCCUGCAUCGUCUUGAUGAUUGAAUCGUGUAACAAGAGUUAUGGAAAGUUACUAGGUGCUGAGUAAGCAAGCUGCGUAAGUGACAUGUACACACACACCCACAUACAUACAGAGCAGCUUGUGAGGGAGCUCCCAGCCACUCACAGAAUAUUUAAAGAAGGUGUUGCAACAGCGAAAGCGAAAUAAAACAAAUCUUAGUUUAUUUAUACUUACAACCUUAUAUGUCAUUAUUCAAUUCAUUUUAUUUGUAUAGCACCGAAUCACAACAUCUGUUUUCUCAAGUUAAGGGAUAAUGCUUGUAUGUGUGUUUAAUAUCAUAAGUUCGAGACUGAUUAUUAUAGAGAGAAACCCUAGACCGUAGAGAAUGCAACUCUUAACUGGUAACUGGUUCUAUACUCAGUUGAUAGAAAUGAAUGAUUCCCAUUUGCGAAGUCUUACGAACGGAGGAUUAGGGCUAGGCUUCAAGGUUAACAAUGUUAGAACCAUAAAAACGUAUUUAUAAUGAUAAUUUUCACCAGAUAUGUCGAAACAUUAUUUCUUUCAGCUGUCAAGACUCCGAGUCGUGGCUUUGUCAAAGUUGAAGACAGCAGAAUAAAAAUAUACAUUUCCCCUGUGUUGCAUUUGGACCAGAGUCGGUAACAUGAGCACAUGCUGCUUCACUGAGGAAAGGCAGAUAAGCCGCAUUCACCAACAAGGUCCUUAUGGACAUCAAACGCAUCGCACUGAAAGAAGAGGGCCAAGUGUGUGUAGUGAGGGAGGGAGCGUAUAAGGGAGUUUUUUCAACUCCAAAAUACGUCAACAAGCGUGCACAUCUCUAUAGAGGGACCCCGGAUCUCUCCCGGCUCUGGAAUAUCUUGCAUACUGUACAAAGAGGAGAGAGGGGCUAACUAAACUAGUCUAGGCCGUGCCAACCCUGCGUAGUUAUAACCUACGUCCGAUAUACAUAAAGGCUUAAGAAAGGCUGACACAAACUGAAACUCACUAAUAUUAUAAAGCUCCACCAAUCAACAUUUUACCAAACCAAUAACUCAACUGACCUCAGAUGCUAUUAAUGUCAAAUGGGUUGCUCCAGUAAGAAACCCAGAGAGAACUAAACUGAAAUCAGUGCUGUGAUGGAGCCUCUUUUAGUUCUGGAUUUUCACUACAUUUACUUUACAUUUUAGAGCCAUUGCUUAUGUUUGCCUCAUUUCCUGCAGCGCCUGGUAGUUGUAUAAAGCCAGAUACCUAAGAACUCACUGAAUCCCAACACACUGAAUAAAGACAAAGUUAGCCACUAGGAAGGAGGAAUCAAGCUAUUUGUUAUAUGAAACAUAGACUGUAUAUAUAGAGGGAUGACACAUCUCCACUUCCUCCUACCUACAUAAAUCAAGCAAAAAUAUCCAGGAUGAAGAUACGGUUACUACGAGCAGUGAAUACACGGAAUUGACCAAACGUUAUUGGUAAAUCCUGCCUCCUCCAAAUUAUGUGGAUUGUAUGUACAUGGACCAAAUUAGGAAGUCAGCCACCAGCCGGCAAUUGAGACCCUUUGGCGUCACCUAUUGGGGGCAGUCAUGAAGUCAAUCUUCAUACACAGCCUGAUAAGAGUGUGUUGGAGAUCAUCCACUACCAGGUGUAUGAAACAUUUAUAAGUGUAGCUUUAAGGUCACAUCGUCACAUACAUGUGUUUCAACAUGUAACAAUAAAGGUUGGUAGGUUUUAUCCAUAAAUGUGUCAGUUAAAUAAUUAAUUCCUGGCACUGUGACAAGGCUUCGUCACGUUUCCUUCCCCAAUGUUCUUUUGUGUCGCAAGGAGCAAAAUACCCACAGCCUAAAGGGAAAUCUGCCACGUCUGCGGUUGCCCCGUUAAAAAGUUUUACAAGCCCUUGGAAAGAUUCCAAACAUUCUCUCAGAAGUUAAUGCUGUUGAUUAUAGUGGUGGCUAGCACCAAUUACUAGAGCAAUUACCUGGCUAAGCCUUGUUGAGGUCUCAGACUCCAUACAUGUGGGUUUUUUUUAUCUCUGAUGAUAUGGAUUUUAGCAGUGUAAUGUAUGGGCUGUAACAGUCUGCGAAAAAACAUACAUAGAUGUUAUGGGCCACAUCAGUGAGCCUCUCAGGCUUUUGUGGAUUUUGGCAAAGAGACCACUCCUCCAGCCCCCCAAGUCCCUUACCCAUUCCUUCCAUACCUUCACAUAAACACACACACACAAACACACAUUUACCUCCUACUGGUAUUUCUUUCUCUCCUUUCUUUUCACAAGCAUAUCCUUCUUCUACUCUCUCUAUUCCUCCAUAUGGAUAUACAUGCCUUCUUUCUUCCUCGAGUUUUAUGAAUGGAGCCAGAGCUUUCUGUAUACCAGAUGUCUUUCACCCUGUCGGGCGGGAGCCAUGUCUUGUUUUUUCACCAUUAAAAGAAAGGCUGUAUUAUAUUAAAAAUACAUUUCUGUCUUUAAUAAAGAAAAUGUGGUUCUCUAAGAAACUGCCUUACUGUGAUAUUUAUUUUAAUAAAAAAAAUGUGUCCUUCAACUUUCCUCCCCUGCAUUAACACAGCUGAUGGGGUGUACUUGAUAUAAGCCAUGUUGAUGUGCGGAGAAGCGGGGGCAAGUAGGUGCAAACCAGCAGCUAGAGAUUAACGCUUUUUUUAAGGUGCUAAGACUUUUCUGAUAUAUUAAUCCUUUUUUAAGAAACCAUCUGCUCAUCACACAGUAACAGUAUCGAAACACACACACACACACACAGACAGACACACACACACACACACACACACACACACACACACACGUACACACUAACUUGGCUCUGAGUUGUGUUUACUUCCCAAUGUAUGGGGUCGAAACUCGUCCCGCCCAACCACUGAAGACGGGGGACAACAUCUGUCCGCCAUCUUUGUCAGUGCUGCCAAGUAUUAUGGGAACGGACACAACAGUAGUUCAGGAUGGCUCUCAAUGUGCCUGGUCUGGCGGUGAUGGCAGUGUUCUACAUUUUAAUUUUGGGCACGGGCAUCUGGGCGUCCCUGCGUUCCAAAAAGGAGGAGAAGAAGUUCAAGGGAGAUGGAAUGGAGAUGACUCUAUUGGCCGGGCGUAACAUCAACUUGCUCGUCGGCAUCUUCACUCUUACAGCUACGUGGGUUGGUGGAGGCUUCAUCCUUGGUAUAGCUGAGGCAACAUACAACCCAACCCUGGGCGCAGUGUGGGCCCUCAUGCCUGUGCCUUAUGUACUGACCUUCUUCUUAGGUGGCUUUUUCUUUGCCAAGCCCAUGAGAGAGAACAAGUAUUUGACAAUGAUGGACCCCUUCCAGCAGAAGUAUGGGAACGUCCUGAGCGUUCUGCUAAUCAUUCCCGCACUAGUGGCUGAUGUCCUGUGGGUGGCCCGCACACUCGUCAGUCUGGGGGGAACUAUGAGCGUGAUCCUGGAUCUGUCCUACGUUUACUCCAUCGUCAUCUCCUCAGUGGUGGCCAUAAUCUACACUCUGCUGGGGGGGCUGUACUCUGUGGCUUACACAGACGUUAUCCAGCUCAUUCUCAUCUUUAUCAGCCUGUGGGUGUGUGUUCCUUUCCUGUUGACCAACCCUCACUCUCUGGACAUCUCACUGACAGCCUACAACCAGACCUUCCAGGCUCCCUGGGUCGGAACGGUGAAGCUCGACGAGGCCGGAAAGUGGUUUGACGACUUCAUGCUGCUGGCUCUGGGGGGCUUGGCCUACCAGGCGUUCUACCAAAGGAUCCUGUCAGCCUCAUCUUACACCCAGGCGCAAGUGACCUGCUUUGCCUCCUCCGCCUUCUGCCUGGUGCUGGGUAUACCCUCUGUGCUGGUGGGAGCUGUGGCUGCAUCUACAGACUGGAACUCAACCGGCUAUGGAUUGCCCACCCCGUAUGAGCGUGACCAGGCAGGCUCUAUCCUCCCUAUCGCCCUGCAGUACCUCACGCCCGCCUACAUCUCUGUCAUCGGCAUUGGAGCUGUCGCUGCCGCUGUCAUGUCCUCCAUGGACUCAGCUCUUCUAUCCUCCGCCUCAUUGUUGUCUUCAAAUAUUUACAAGAACAUCCUCAGGAAGCAGGCUUCAGACUGUGAGAUGCAGUGGGUGAUCCGUAUCUCAGUGGUGGUGGUGGGUAUGGCUGGCACCGCGCUUACUUUCCUGGACAGCAGCGUCCUGGUCUUCUGGCUCGUGGGUGUGGACAUGUCCUACACAAUCAUGUUCCCUCAGCUAGUCUGCAUCCUCUUCUGCAAGGUGUCUAACGGUUAUGGCGCCAGCGUGGGCUACAUGAUUGCAAUAAUCAUGAGGAUCCUGAGCGGCGAGCCACUCAUCGGCCUGCCACCCGCAAUCAGGUUCCCCGGCUGUCGGCUGGAUGCCGAAGGAGUCUUAACCCAGUACUUUCCCUUCCGCACUACCAUCAUGGUCAUGUCACUUGUGUCCAUUCUGCUGUUCUCCUGGUUGGGGUCCAUCGUUUUCAAGAAGGAACUGCUUUCUGAGAAAUGGGAUGUGUUUAGGAUCAAGCGCAAGCAAAAACCUGUGGCCAGAGCCACAGACGACAAGAGGAUCAACUCGGAUAACGAAGAGGCCUCCACGGCAAGGCAGCUUCUGGACACCACCAGCCUCUAAGGAGGUUCGCAAAAAUGGAGGGAAGGUGGGCACCGGAUGGAGGCAGACAUGUUUGUUUGUCUGGUAAGCAAGAGUUCACAGAGGGAACCACGUCAAAGACGGGACAUCGAGUACAGACUCUUUACAGUAUCCCAGUGAAUUUGUGACAACGACAUAAACAUCAGUGGAGUGUGUGCUCUCUGAUCCCUUACCUAAUCCAUUGUCUCAUGGUAUUCUACGCAGAAAGCAGUCAAAACAGAAAUCCUAGGUAUGUUACACUCGCACACAAGCUAUAACACAGAGUAAAGAUUUUAACAUAGAUAAAGGCCCAAGUAAAAUACCAGAUCAUCAUAUGCCCCUGUAAUAGAAGCAGUCCACACAUUGAGACCAAAGGCAAAUUCAACCAUAAAACCAUUUAAAUGAAUUUCCAAAAACAAGAUUUUUAGCUAAAUAUUCACAAUAUGCAACGUAUACCUCACCAUUACAUUACAUUACAUGUCAUUUGGCUGACUCUUUUGUCCAAAGCGACUUACAAUUAUUACACCAGUGUUAAUUUCGUUGACGAAAACUAUAACGAAAAAUAUUCGUUAACGACCCUUUUCUCAUGACGAAAACGAGACGAAGACGUAACGAAAACGGAUCUUUGAAAAUAAAAACUAUGACUAAAUCUAUUUUAACUUUCGUUGACGAGACGAGACGAAAAUGUUGGUGGUUGACUGUCACAAUUUGUAAAACAUCAUCGUAUCAGGCCGUCAUGAAGUAUCAGUAGCGGGCGAGUGAGUCUGUGUGUCUGUGUGUGUGUGUGUGCCUGUGCGCUCCCAGAUAGCGCACCGGUCCGUAGCUCCGCCCCCCGCCCCGCGCACUCGCUCAGGGAGACACAGUGAAAGCAGAGCUCGUUCUCGUGGAGCAGCCGCUCAUUGACUGACUGCUUCUUAACAGUGGAAACAGUGAAAACACAGAGUUUUUCUGGUCUCAGCUGCUCAGAGAUCAGCGCCGCAGCUUCUUGAUCAGAGCAGAAGCUGCAGUUGGUUUGAACCGAGCUGCAGUUUCUGUGUCAGUCUGACCUGCUCUCACUUUUUGUUUUCACAUUUAAAACUAAAUAUAUAUUUUUAAGCUAUUAGGCUGCAGCUAUAUGUUUUUAUAGAAAAGGAGUUUAAUGUGGCUAUUAAAUGUGACUAAAACUAGACUAAAAUGUAAUUCGUUUUCGUCGACUAAAACUAGACUAAAACUAAGAAUGAUAAAAAUGACUAAAUGUGACUAAAACUAAUUUUCAUUUUCGUCAAAAGACUAAGACUAAGACUAAAUCAAAAAUAGCUGCCAAAAUUAACACUGUAUUACACUCAACAUUUAUUUAUUAUUACCAUUCAUUAGAUAUUCUUAAAUAAAGAUUGCACAACCACACUGAUUGAGACCAGCCUAACACCAAGAAGGGCUCCUCCUUUGACCGUGAUGGGCUCGCUUUAUGGUCACCCGCACAAGAAAUAGACUUCAUGACUAAGAAAUCAGUCCAGCACAAUAAUGAUAAAUAGUUUACAGAGUAAAAAUCUGCCCUAACCCUAACCCAUCAGAUUUUUCUUUAGUAAGAGAGAGUGAGUUAGACUCAAGUCAAGUCUUCUCAGAAAAACAGGAACGCAAGCCACCCUCUCCAUCCUUUAGUAAAGGAAUCAUUGAUUAGCUUGACUCGGGUGUGGCUGGUAGGAGAAAUGUCUCGUGUUGACGCAAUCAUUGUUCCUGUGUACCUCUCUCUGUGUGAUCCUUUGCAAAUGGUUUGACAAGCAAGACAGGGCUCUCUUUCAGACCAGAACAAAGAAAUGCUCCCCAACGAACAAAGAAUGUGUGCAUACUUGUUUGCACUGUUCUAUGACGCGUCUCUGAAGGACGUUUUUUUUAUUUUCUCUACCGGAUCUUUUACCUUCAGCUGUACUACACAGCAGCACGAUUUUGACAUUAACAAUGUUACUCAUAUAAACAAAGUAUCAUUGCUUCGUAACUGUGAUUUUAUUUCAAAUGUAAAUGUACUGGUCACUGAUCACUUAGCUAUGUUUUAUCAUACAUCUUUCCUUAGCACCAGUCCACUGUCCUCACAAAAAUGAAUCUGAAUAAAUGGAAGGAGAGAGUAAUCAGAGCUUAUAUUAUAUAAAAACUAUAAAUCCAUGUACAUUUUUUGCAGCGAAACCUUUACCUCCAUCUUGGAAAUACUGCUCAGUAAACACAACAUGUUGGAGACAGAUUCUUUUUUUCACCGUACUGUGAUAACAUUUGAAACCACGGAUGACUUCUGCCCUGUCAAACUGCUCUGAGAUGGGUUGCAGUACAAUGGUGUUUGACUUUGUUGUGGAAGCAACAAUAAAAAUCACAAAUGGUAACCAAAAGCUCACGGGCUGAAAAGACACACAAACACUAUUUUAGGUUUGUUCAGACUCCCCCUAUUACUAUAUAAUUAAACCCAUUUUAUUGUGAAAAAAGAAACCCAGCAAGCCACACUUACUGUAAGCCCAUUCCCCUCAGGUGCGUUUUACUAUCGUUAUAGAAAACUGAAUGUGGAAAGUGAAAGGGUCAGACAUCUUCCUCCUUUUUUUUUUCUAACCGUCCGUCAGUAUGAGCCUUUCAGUUCAGUGGUUCUUGAAUUGUAUAGCUGCUGCUGUUGUUUUGUUGUUUACUUGUAUGCAAAGCUAUAGUUUAAAGUGAGAUAAGUUUUUCCUCUGAAGCAGUUUCUAUCAUUUGAAAUCAAGUUUCACAAGUUCAUAUUUGAACCCCCUUUUGAUGAUUGGACAUGUAUUACAGAACUGACUAUUUAAUUCAUCAGUGUGGUUUUUAAUGUUAAAUGUAUUGUUGUCCUGAGCUUCGAUAGAAGUGAAAUUUCUACUAAUGAGUGACUGCCACAAAGCAGUCCUCUUAUCAUACUGUUACCUUUUGAAUAUCACUGGAAACUGGUUCACUCCGCUGUCAACACUUAUUUGUUGCACAUCGUAACAUGUUCACUCACUGCUCAAAUACCUCAUCGAUCGGUUGGCUUGAAUACAAAUUUCCACCUAUGAUUCUGACUUCUACAUUAUCCUAAGCAUAUCAUAUGAAUGUGAUUUUCCAAAGACUAAUGGCAGAGGACAAACUGUCUGAAAACAUGACGCAUGCAGAACACAACACAUGCGUAUUUUUAUAUGUGUGAUUGGGAUUUCUACCUGUAUUGUAUUCUUGUACAGUCUGAUCAUGAUUUGUUUAUUUACAUUUUUUAUCAAAGUUGAUUGCUAUGCAUUGAGUUGACGAGAAACAUAAAUGUAUCUUAUCUCGAGUAACCAACAUAAAGUUUUAACUUCAGUUCAAUGUAUUUUUACCUCCACCUAUCAUCUGUGUCGGCGCAAAUUGUAACAGGAAAAAAACUGUUACACGCCUGUGAGUCUAAGGAAGAAGUGAAUUAGAAUGAACACCCCUGAAAGGAUAAUGUGAAAAGACAGGAUUUGCUGGAGGAAACUAAGCCAUCCACAAUACAGAGAUAGAUGGCCACGCCUUAAUAGUGGAGCAAAUGUAUGUUAUCUGAGCGUUUUAUUCCUAUUUGAGUAGAAUUGAUUGUAUUUCCCAUGUAAAACUAGUCAAAGGACAUCUAUAAAAGUACUGGACAGUUGUGUUCGUUUUAUAAUAUGAGGUAAGUAGUGAGUUCUACAUUGUUUUUUUCCCCUUAUUUGGAUUUGGUUUUAUACUUUUAUGCAUGUUGUUUGUCAUUAACAGUGUUGUUUGUAAACUGAACUUUCGUGAAGGCUGUUUUCUCUUGCCACUUUGUAAGGUCCUACUUUGUAAUCAAUUAAUGUCAAUCCCCAUGGGGUGAUGUUCUCUCUGAAUAAAAGCUGAAAUCAAGCAACCA